AUCUCGUCACGCGAACAGGGUGGAAGUAGAAUCCUACACGCCAUGUCUUCUCGCUGGCUCAAGGCGGAGGUGUACCCGCUGUUCGCGACGACGGGGGUUGCGGUGGGCAUCUGCGUCAUGCAGCUGGUGCGCAACAUCACCACCAACCCGGAGGUGCGGGUCACCAAGCAGAACCGGGCGGCCGGGGUGCUCGACAACCACGACGAGGGGCGGCGCUACUCGCAGCACGGCGUCCGCAGGUUCUGGCUCUCCAAGCGCCGCGACUACAUGCAGGCCAUGGACAAGGUGCCCACGGACCCCACGCCGACCAGCAAGUAGAGAGAUGCUAUGCAAUGCAAUGCAAACGGCUGAUCGAUUCAUCGGAUAACUAGUAUUAGGUACGUGUUUGCACUGCAAGCAUUUGGGCUGUCUUAAUUGUGGACGAGAUGCCCAUGGGUGACCAGUUUCAUACUGGGGUUUCUAUUUCGGUUUGUUUUCGCUAUUGGUCUGGAACUGUGGACACGAACAUUUGAAUGUAAGCUGUCCCAACUCUAUAAGAUGGUUCUCAUUAU